AAGGAAGAAACUAAAUUACAAGGAGAGAUAAGAAGUCUCAAACAAGAUAAGCAAGCUCUUGAGGUAGACUUGGGACAAGCAAAGAAGGAGAGAGAUUUAGCAAAAGCCCAGAUUGCAUCCAUAUCAGGUGAGAAGUCUUAUGAAUUUAAAGUUAAGGAAGAAUCAUACAAACAGGAAAUUACUCAUUUAAAAAGAAAACUUCAGUGGUACGCAGAAAAUCAAGAUCUUCUGGAUAAAGAUGCAGCCCGUCUUAAAGAUGCAAGAAAAGAAAUCGAGAAACUAAACCUAGAGGUUGAGAAGCUCAGAGCUGAAGCUGGAGAUCAGUGUGUGCAGCAGAAGAAACGUUUGCGAGACAGAGCAGCAGAUGCUAAAAGAAUUCAGGAUCUUGAGCGACAAAUCAGUGAAAUGGAAGGAAUUCUAAAAAGAAGGUAUCCAAAUUCUUUGCCUGCUUUGAUUUAUGCUGCUGCCGCUGCGGAGAAGACUAAUGAUCUUUCAGCUAAACCAAACACAGUUGAUUUUUUGGAGAGAAGAAUAAAAAAGUUAGAAACUGAACUUGAAGGUAAAGAUGAUGAAGCUAAAAAAAGUCUCCGUGCCAUGGAACAGCAAUUUCAAAAAGUAAAGAUACAGUAUGAGCAAAGACUUGUAGAGCUUGAGCAACUACUUGCCUACAAAUUCAUGAGUGAAUCACCAAAACUGAACAGUGAUAAAGCCAGUUCUACAGAACUUGAACGGGAGCUUCAGAAUCUGAAGAAGGCCCAUCAGAUCACCGUUAAAAACCUCCAGACAGAAAUUGAAAACCUUAAAAGUCAAAAUUCCCAAUUAAAACUCAGAAGUAAAAAGGAUAAUAAAGACUUGGAGUCCUCAGACUCUCAAACGAAACAAGGUAACACAAAAGACAGACUCUUAAAACUAAAUGAAGAACUGGUUACCAAAAAUAGAGAAAUACAAGACCUUACAAAAACUGUAGAGAAACUUCAAAAAGAAAGGAUGAUGAUGUUGUCUGAUAAUAAUUUAAGAAAUAAAACCGAUAACAAGGAAAACUCUACAGAGAUCUUGAAAAAGAAUAUCUCAGCAACAGAGAAAAAGAAUUCCAGCAACAGUAAACCCUUUCUAAGUAUUUUGAACGAUGACAAAAUGUACCAACCAUUUACCUUUUCUGAUUCUAAUCUCUCGGAAGUUCUGCAAGAAAAUGCACAGCUGAAAGAGGAGCUAGAAAGAUUGUCUCUCGAAAUGAACCAGCAGAGGGUGAAGUCUCAAGCAACACUGGCUUAUUCUGAAAAUAACAUACGAAGGAUACAGGAAGACACAGCAGAAUACAUUGCAUCUCUGAAAGCUUCCCAUCAGAGAGAAGUGGAGAAGAUUCUUUGCCAGCAUGCAAAGGAGCAUUCUACCUCUAAAGUUGCUGAACUAAGCAGCAAAAUUUCAACACAAGAGAUAUUAAUAAAACAUCUGCAAGAACAAAUUGGUGAACAACAGAGACAUCAGGAAGCCCUUUUAGUUUCACAGAUGCGAGAGGAACUCCUACAAAAAGAGGUGACAAAAUUAUUGGAAGAACUGAGAGAGGCUAAGGAGAACCAGAGUCCUGAAAUGAAGCAUUUCUUGUGCCUGGAAAAGAAAAUCAAGCAUAUAGAGACCAGGCAUGCAGAGAGACAGCAAGAAAUUCAAAAGGCAACCCAAUUAUCACAACAUGUUGCUGAAGCGAGGCAAACGCAGGAGGUGGAGAAGUGGCGAAGGCUGGCACAGCGGAAGAACCAGGAACUGGAGAGGUUUCGGGUGGAACUGGAUUCAAUAUUAGAUGUUUUACGUGAACUGCAGAAACAAGGGGUUGUUAUUCCUGCACCUAAUUCCAGUGGAUUCAGCGUGCCAGACAGCUGUUGGAAGAUGUAAUUAGGUAGGAGUUGAUUAGAGAAGUAGAAUUUU